UCCCUCCCCCCCUUCCUCCCUUCCCCCCUUCCUCCCUUCCCGUCCCUUUUGCCGGCGCCCGGCCCGGCAGCGACUGCCGGCGGGGGCCGUCCUGUUCCCGUGGCAACGCCCGUUCCCGGGCGGCGGCCAUGGGCGGCUGGGCUGCAGCGCCAUGGCGGCUUGGUGGCUGCAGCGGGCGCGGCGGCCUCCGCGGCGCUGCGCGGCGGUGGGGCAGCUCCCGCCCCGGCGCUGGGGACCGGGCGGCGACCCUGAGCGACCUCCUGCAGAGCUCGGUGGUGGCCGAGGAGCCGGGCGCGGCGGUGGCGAGGCGGGAGCGGCGGUGCCCCCGGGAGGGCACGGUGCUGCUCUUUCCGGGGCAGGGCAGCCAGUUCGUGGGGAUGUGCCGCGGGCUGCAGCAGUACCCCGGCGUGCGGGACAUGUACCGCCUGGCCGAGAAGGUGCUGGGCUACGACCUGCUCUCCCUCUGCCUGGAGGGGCCGCGGGACGCGCUGGACCGCACCCAGCACUGCCAGCCCGCCGUGUUCGUCGCCUCCCUGGCCGCCGUGGAGAAGCUCAACCACCUGCAGCCUGAAGUCGUGGAGCGCUGCGUGGCGGCCGCCGGCUACAGCGUGGGGGAGUUCGCGGCGCUGGUCUUCGCUGGAGCCCUGGGCUUUGCCGAAGCGCUGUACGCGGUGAAAGUGCGCGCCGAAGCCAUGCAAAGGGCGUCGGAAGCUGUCCCCAGUGGAAUGCUCUCGGUCGUCGGCCGGCGAGAGGCAAAUUACAAAUUUGCCUGCCUGGAAGCCCGUAAACACUGUGAAUUGCUGGGUAUAGAGAACCCCGUGUGCACAGUUUCAAACUAUUUGUUUCCAGACAGCAGAGUCAUUGCAGGACAUUUACAGGCUUUGGAGUUUUUGCAGGAGAAUGCCAGAAAAUAUUAUUUUAAACGUACAAAAAUGCUUCCAGUCAGUGGGGCUUUUCAUACCAGACUUAUGGAACCAGCAGUAGAGCCACUGGCUGAAGUCCUAAAAUCAAUUGAAAUUCAAAAACCGCUGCUCUGUGUGUAUUCCAAUGUCGAUGGCAAAAAGUACAUGCACUCAAAACACAUUCAGAAGCUGUUAGUGAAGCAGGUGGUGUCACCUGUUCUGUGGGAGCAGACCAUGCAUUCAGUGUAUGAAAGAAAGCAAGGAACAGAAUUUCCUUACACGUAUGAAGUGGGGCCCGGGAAUCAACUAGGAGCCAUUCUCAAACAAUGUAAUUUAAAGGCCUGGAAACAAUAUAAACAUGUAGAUGCUCUGGAAGAUGAGAAAGCAGCAGAGACCUAAAUAACCUUUUGUGAAAAAUCCACACAACUCAGUUUUUUUCUGAUUUAAAACUUUGUGCUCCCAAAAGAGGAAGUCUUAAACAUUCAUGGCUUCUCAUGAUGUAAAGAGCACUAUGUGCGUAAUUGCAAUGAACAUGUUCCUCGGGUGUGGAAAAGGGAGAGCAAAGUUUGGCUCUUCCAUCUGUGCUGGGACUGCAAAGCUCAAUGAACAGGCCAAGUAGCACUGUUUGGCCUCAAUCUUGCAAGCAACUUUCCCUCUUGGGUGUUUUGGUUUGUUUUGGUUUGGUGUUUUGGUUUUGGUUUUUGGUUUUUUGUUUGUUUGUUUGUUUUGUUUUUUGUGGUUGUUUGGUUUUGUUUGGUUGUUUUUUGGGGGAGUUUUAUGGAUGUGGAUUCAGGUUCCAGUUGGUACCCUUGGUGUCCGGUGCAGGGAUCUGCAGGAAUGCAGGGGUUGCUGGCUUCAGGUUGUGGAGGGCUCUGCUCUAGGCUGGAGGGUGCAUUUAGAGGAGCCAUUUGUUGGGAGGGCUUUCAGUGUGUUGAUGUUCCCAUUUUCUUACUCAGCUGGCUUAUGGGAUGUUCAUCUAUGUAAAAUUCUCUUACUCUGUGUCCACAUUGCCAGGUAGCAGCUGAGUGAGACAGAUGAUGUUACUAGAAACAUUAUUUUCUUAAGGUUAAACUAUAAAUAAACUGAAGCUUUUCUUGCUGUUUUUAAUGCUUUGGGGUGCAUCAUUAUUGGCUCUGUCCACAUGUGGAUGGAAGCAACUUUCCCUCCAGUUGCCCAAUGCCACACUGGUUGUGCUAAGUUACACAAGAAAUGUUCAUUGGGAAAAAAAGCUUUACAAAAAUAUUAUGUACAUUUCCUGGCAGCAGGAAGCGAUGAGCUGGAGAGCAGAAGGUUGUCCCAAACCCUCCUGGAAAGAGCUUCCCAUUACCCAGUUUGUAUUUUUUAUUUUGGUAUUUUAAUGCUGUAUUUAACAGAUAGAAAAAAAAUUAGGAUAUAUUACUUAAAUCAAAGGACUGACAGCAUCUUCCAUAAUGUAUUAUGAAAUGCAGGAGAACUUCCAAUUACAGUUCCAAUCAUUCUGUAACUUCACAUUUAUGACAGGGAGAGUGAAAUAAAAACACUGGCCCUUAUUAUCAUUGCUAAGUGGGCUGUAUUAUUAAACAGUUCUUUUGUGGACUGCAGCUGGCAGCUGUGCCUGCCCUCACAGUACAAAUUCCACUUUAAGCAUGUGUAAACAUUAACAAUUAGUAAAGUACUGCAGUUUUUCAGCGUCACCAUUCAGCUGGUGAAAAUGAAGAUGCUGAUGAUUAAAGGUUGGAAAAACUGUAAAGAAAAUUAUUUCAGUGAAGGUUCCUGUGUAACAGGUAAGGUGUUAAUUAUUCAGAAAAGCAUACCAAAAUCUUCAGUUAGAAUUAUUGGUUAGAAUAUUGCCAACUAAAUCCUAUUCAUAUUAUUAAACACUGGAUUGUCCUGUGUUAGAGGUUUCUGACCGCACCUUGUAGGACCAAAUGCAGUGUUGAUGACUUUCAAACCAGCUUUUAUGGUAGUUGAAACUGAGCGUGGUAUGUUGGUGGCACUAAUUUUAGUGCUUUGAAAGUUCUAGACUUUCUUAAUUAUUUAACUUUUCUGAGGAAAUGUUGGAGACCUGUUUUCUAUUUGCAGUGUUCUUGCCAUAUUUUUUUUCCUUUUUUUCCCCCUCAUUUCACAUUGUUGUACACUUUGCUGGGAAUUAAAGUUCUUUCAGAAAUCCA